AUGGUUCAAAGCCUUACCACCUUCCUCGAAAAGCAAAUUGCUGACCGAUGGGGCCCUUCAAGAAACGACACAAAAGAAGAAGCCGCUCGCCGUUUCACCGCCGAUUGCGCGGCGGCUCGCACUCCCACUGUUACCCAGGGACACUUGCCCGCCAUGUGGAAGCUAGUCGAAAAUGUAGCUAGGAAAUACCCAGACCAUCACGAGAAGCUUGUUGGCUUGCUUUAUGAGGUCCAUGGCCUACCUGAGCUCGUUAUCCGAGGCGAGACAGCAGUUGUGUGGUCUGAGCUACCCUCCCUGGUGGAAGGCUGGGAUGAAAUCUACAAUCGACCCGAAAACCAAUACUCGGAGGAAAUUGUGUCUGUCAUUGGUUUUAUCACGAAGCUCCUUACUGCCAAGCUCAUUCCACUAGAUGAGUUCCUACGCUGGGUAGACUUGAACAUGCACACUGCACUGGAGAAGGGCCCGGAAGACCUUUCAACGUAA